AUGGUGAACGAUCAGCUCGUGGAGAUCCCUCGGUGCAAUUGGGAAGAGUGGCGUGAUUUGUACCUCCGUGACUGGCCACAGCACGAACUAGCGUACAACACUGUGCAAAACUACAUUAACUGGUCAAAACGUGAUCCGAAAAUAAAGGACCUUUCAAUUUACAGUCUCAACGGAAGCUGGCGUGAGAAUGGAACGUUCGUAAUCAUUGAUCGCAUUGAUUUGUACAUGCACACCCUCGAGGAAUCUUUUGAUACCCUUCGGCGAGCAUUGGAAUUGGUGGACUGGGACUAUUACUAUGUUGCCGUGAUGUGCCAGUACGAAUCCCUGCUGUUUGAAACAUUCAAAAAGCUCAAUGUCAAGAUCUUCUCAGCGCGACCCAACAUUAUGUACUUUCUGCCGAAAGAGGUAGCACUCCAGCUUACCGUCCAACUUCCAGAAGGGUUGCGGUUUGGUCCACUACAACCGAAACACGUAAAAGUCAUCAACGACCUGUGGCAACACCGAGAGACGGGAUCCGAGUUUAGUUUGGAACGACUUAUCCGGUGGAACGUUUCCAUGGGUCUAUUUGAUGACAAGGAAGACGGAAAACUUCUUGGUUGGUGUCUACUCACACAGAACGGUGUCAUAGGAACGCUAGGUGUGGCCGAGCGAAGAAAGGGCUACGGUGCGCUAGUGGUUAAAGGGUUCGCAAAUAAAUUGGCACAAAUUGGGAUCAACUCCUACGCAAGUGUUCAUGUUGAGAACGAUGCAUCGAAUGCGCUGUUUCAAAGCAUUGGAUUCAAAGCCAUUGGUCAGGUGAAUUGGAUUAGAAAUUGCGAGCGAAAGUUUGUAGAGUGGAGCUCAGGUGCUAAACUAGACUUCAAUUGAACGUUAUGUAAAGUAAAAUU